AUGGGUGAAUGGAAAGCUCUUUUCAAGCGCUAUCUGCCUGCUGCAGAAACCCAUGGGAAGAAGCAAGCAAAGGGGGCGCGGCAGCCUUCACCGCCCCAAGGACAGCAGCAGCAGCAGCAGCAGCAGCAGCAGCAGCAGCAGCAGCAGCAGCAGCAGCAGCAGCAGCAGCAGCAGCAGCAGCAGCAGCAGCAACUUCGGCGGUCACCUCGGCACCUGCAGCCGGCGGAGUCGGAGCAGCUGCAACCGCCCCAGCAGCCCUCGCGAGGGCGGCGGCAACGGCAGAGCCACCAGCAGCAACCGCAGCCGCAGCAGCCGCAGCCGCAGCACCCGCGUCAGCAGCAGCAGCAGCAGCAGCAGCAACAGCAGCAGCAGCAGCAGCAGCAACGCCAGCGUCAGCAGCAGCGUCCGCGUCAGCAGCAGCAGCAGCAGCAACACCAGCAACCACCACAGCAGCGACCACAACCGCGCGGGCCGAGGGAGCAGCGGCAGUCCGGCCAAUCGUCUCAGGAGUCUGAGCCUGCUCCUCCGCCGCGACCUACGCUGUCCCUCACCUCUGCGAGCGAGCGCCAAAGACAGUUGGCGAUUCAUCAGUUCACUGCGGGUGACCUUCAUCGGGCGGUACGGACACUACUGAGCUCCGGCAUCUACAGGGCUGAAUCUUUUGCUGAUCUUCUUGCUGAAGCACAAGAGAAGUUCCCUGAUGGUGCGUCGCCUGCCUUUGGAAGUGCUUCCGCGGCUCAUCUCACCCAGCAAGCGCUUGCAGUACUGCAGGUGGAUUUGACUGACAUCCUCGACACCACUAGCCUGAUCCAGGCGAUCAAGCGCUACAGCUCCUUUGCGGGGACCGAUGACCAAGGGUGGAGGAUUCGGCAACACCUGUCACCCCUUUCUAGUCAUCCUGCAGCUUUGAAGCUCUACUGCAAACAUAUCCUCCAAGGGGUCCUUCUUGGCCAAAUGCCGGAUCUUCUUAUUCCUGCCCUGUCAGCCAUUCGUCGAGGAGGCAGAUUUAUUCCCCUCUCCAAGGGAGCUGAUAAACCUGGUCUCCGGCCAAUUGUCAUCGGUUCUGCACACCGUCGACUCGCGACGAAGCUUGCUUUGGCAGCGAUUCGCUCAUUUCUUGACCAGCACUUCCUCUCGUCUCACCCUCGAGCGAUUCAGUUCGGACUCGAUCGAGACGGCUGUCUGAAGUUCUCGCAAACCGUGUCAGCGCUCCUGCCCCUUCACGCUCGCGGUGAUGAUGAGGAUGUUGCCAACCCCACAGUGCUGGUGAGCUUGGAUGCAAAGAACGCCUUCAACUCCCUCGACCGCCAGGCUCUCUUUGACGCAAUCGAGGGACGUGCGAGUCGCGACUACUUUGAUGGGAGCAUCACUGAAGGCGCAAGCUUGCCCUCUUGCGAGCAUCUCCGUUUGUUCGCCUCCUACCUCUCCAGCUACUAUGGAGACGCUGCUGACCUUCGACUCUUUCACAAAAGUCAGUCAGCCUCCGUUCAGUGUACCUCGGGCGUCUGUCAGGGCGAUGUCCCCUCCAGCGUAUUUUUCUGCCACAGUAUCCACCCCCUGCUCCUCCACAUCGCAGAGCUUUUUCCCUCUGUUCGAGUCUUGGCCUAUGCUGACAACGUCGUGCUUGUCGGUCCACUCGAGGAUGCCGUUGCAGCUACGUCCGCUAUGAAGAAGUACAUGGUGGCUGAUCUGAAGCUAGAGAUUCAACCUCGCGAGUCGAAAGUUUACAUCCCCUCCUGGCAUCAACACCCUGAUCUCUCGCAGCUGAAGAAGAGCCUUAAGCGCCGUCUCAAGACUUCAGCUUGUUCCUGCUUUACUCAACUUCUUCACUUCGAGGUCGUCACUGGCGGGAUAACACUUGGCGGCCUGCCUAUCGGCACGGAUGGAUUUCAUGCUAGUCAGCUCCGAGCGAAGGUCUCCACCCUCAACGAAGAGCUCUCGAAGCUCGGGCUCGUCCAGCAUGGCUUCAUGUUCAAGACGCUGGUGAGGGCGAGCCAUCUCCAGAAGCUGCGCUUCUUCCUCCAGGGGUCUUCUCCGUUUCUCCCGCGGGUCCAAUCACAGAUUCGUCGCUUUGACCUCUCUGUCCACCUGGCGCUUGAGAAAUACCACCGCUGGCCCUCCUCGCAGUACCUCGCCGCGCAUCCCGACCUGCUAGAGUUUGCGAGGUUCAAGCGGGAGCUUCCGCAUAGUCGGGGAGGGGACGAGUUCACGCCCUCUGAGGGUCUACACCCCGCUGUUUACUAUACGGCUAUCGCUCGCUUCCUCGCUUGGUACUCUGACCAGCCGAUGUCCCGGAUGUUGCCCUCUCCUCAUAGCCUGGACGUUCACUGCUCGAGAUCUCUCCGUGCCCAGAAGCAUCCUCUGGCGACCUUCUUCGUUGAGGCGCACGACUUCGUUCAUAAUGCUGGAGCGAUCCUCUACCGUCGUGUGAGGGCUCCUGCGAAUCCAUUACCUGCACCGGCUGCAGAUGGCGCGGCGAUCCCACCUGCCCCGGCUGCUGUGCCUGAUGACGCAGGACGCCCCCCGGCAUCUGUGGUACACAUCCCUGGUUUGCGCGCUCUCGUCGACUCGUCUCAUGAGCACUUCAUUCCUCCCCCUGCGCAGCGAAAUGUGACCCCUCUUGUCAUGCGCGUCUUCCCUCGCCAUGUGCAUGCUCGCGCUGCGCUGACCGAUCAGCAGCGUGAUAUCCUCACCUUGCACAGCCGCAGGACACACUCGCUCAAGUCGCAGGAUAGGGUCUUGCAGUCUACCAUCUUCGCUCAUUUUCCUGAGCGAGACCUGAGCCACUCUCCGAUGCGAGUCUCGAGCUACUACCCCCUCAAGGCCUUCCCGCACCGCUAUGCUCAGAUGCUCGACUGCUAUCUCCAGCUGAAGCUUCUCGCUGCGCGCUGUGUGCCAGGAGGUUUAUGUCAGCGCGAGCUCGAUCCCUCCGUUGCUGCACAUCAUCUCCGCUAG